UGUGACAUUCAACACAGGCAGAAAGGGAGGGGGAUUGAGAAAGAAAGGGAAGAACUUUUUUCCGAUAGAUUUUCUUCUCCCAAAUGCAACAUUUAUACAAAAAGAUUUGACUUAGACACUUUUACUGGCAAAGGAAUGCUGCAAUAAGCAGAAAGGAGAGAAGAGAAAGGAGUAAACGUUUGCUGAACUCCCUUAGGUACUCCUGUGUAACAGAUGACAGCAUUAAAAAUUGACAGUGUGAAGUCUGUGGCCUCAUGACAGAAGACGUUCCCUUGAGCAUGACUUCAGAAUUGGACUCUAGUUUGACCAGCAUUGACUGGCUUCCCCAGUUGGGAAUCAGCACCUUGCGUUCAGGAAAAGAAAGAGUUGAACGAAAGAAAGAGCGAGGAAAAGUGAAGGAUAUCCAUCCCAUACCUACAGUGUCCCCUGCAUCUUAUUCCAAAGGGAAGCCUCCACACAGCUAUGCCACUCUCAUCGCCAUGGCAAUUAGUUCGGCCUGUGAAAGGAAGCUGAGUUUGAAUGACAUUUACACAUGGAUUAGUGAUACAUUUCCUUUUUAUAGCAGAGCAGGAAGAGGAUGGAAGAACUCAAUUCGGCACAAUCUAUCCCUCAAUAAAUAUUUCCGAAAAGUUCCUCGACCACAGAGUGACCCUGGAAAGGGCUCAUACUGGACGAUGGAUGGGUCACCUGAUUUAAUUCAUCACAGAGGUGUCAAGCGACCUUAUCCUGAAGACGAGGCUUCAUUCCCAGAAGCCCAAGAGCCAGUAAAUCAACUGGAGCCCCUCCCACCACUCCCAGAUGUCAAGAGCACAUUCUCUCCACCUCCAUGCAAGCAACGUCAAACUGCCCCAAUUCCUGCAUCUCUUCAUUCCUCUAUUCCUCCAAUCCCUCAUGUGGAUCCCCCUCUACGAUUCUCCUUUGCUGAUUUGAACCUACCGGACCUUUACAAUUCCUUUCAGUCUCUCUGUCGCUCUGUGAGAGAGAGAGUCACCUCACAUAUGGACGUUCCCAAUUUACUUGGACUUACCAACAACUGUACACCACUCCAUACACCAAACCUGCCUCCUCUCUCCCCUUGCCCAAACCUCAAUAAUAACCAAUACACCAACCCAAACCCAACCCUCAACCCCCUUAAUACCAAUGGUAACUUCAACCCAAAUACACUUGAUACUAACUCUAGUUUCAUCCCCAACUUACACCCAAACCACAACCAGAACCCCUCUAGCAUUCAUUCAAAUUCCAACACUGAUCCUGAAAAGCUGCUACAUAGUAAUGUUGUUCCAGAAGACUGUUUCAGUAGUGCCAACUCUCUGAGAGAGAGUUUCAGAAUUGCUAGUCUGGACUGGGCUAACAUUGACCUCACCUCUCACCCUGACCUGGUAGAGAGCAUGCGUCAAGCUGAGCUCUGUGACUGGGCAUUGGAUUCGAAACUCUUCACUUCGCUCUGUGAUUCGCUCAACCGUUUCUUCACUCAGAAGGGUCUCAUUGGCUCCUCUUCUUGUGGUCCCUCCUCUUUGGCACAAAUGACCCUACCUCCUCUCAGUAUGACGUCCACUAACCCUCCUACACUGGCUAGUUUGACACAACCAUCUCCACUGAUCUUCCCCUCCCAGAUUCCUCCUGGUGAACAUCCACUCCACAGUCCCAGGAGAAACCUGACCCCUCACGCCCAAAACCAGACACCACAGAGACUUCCAGGGCUGCAGCCCACAGCAAGCCAGCCUCUGACUCCAAACGCACUUCAAACUCAGCCACUGACUCCAAGAGGUCAUCCACCUCUGAAGAAUCUUCAUAGCAACAGUGAGGAGAUCCAGGAUGACUUUGACUGGGAUUCCCUGAUAGAGUGAUUUUUGUGCCAACAGAAACUUAUAGAAUACACAGUAAAAUAAAACACAUCACGAGCCAAUUUAUGAGACAAAUCCACAGUAUUUUUCAAGGACGUCACAUGAGGCCAACGCAUUAAUCUUUAAUGGUUGUUUCAUGUAAAUAUGGAACAAAAGCAGAUGUCCUUCGUACAACACAAAUUGAAAAGCAUUAAGCUAUUUGUGUUUAUCUUCAUUUUGACCCUUCCUUAUGUUUACUAUAGAACAAUGAACAAAAUAUAUAGUUGUUUGCAUGUUGAAAUGCUGGUACACAAUGAUUGACAGCAACUGAAGUUAACCAAACUUGACAAUGCCCUAUUCAUUCAGUGUUUAGUAAGUUAUUGAAAAUGGUGCUAGUUUGUGCUUAAACUGCUCCAAACCAUGAAAGACUGUGUGGGUCAAUCCUGAAAAUGAACAAUACAUAUGGGUGUAUUUUGACUGAAAAUAAAUAUGACAUUUGAUAC